GGACCUGAGUGUUACCUCCAACAGCUAAUGCUAAAGUUAACCACGAGCUGCUGCCGUCGCACACAGAAUGAGUCAAACAGCUUCCCAGAACAACCAAUCGAGCUCCGAUGUCGGGUAAUUUAUCAGCUUUGUCGCUGGUUUGAUUGGUACCACCUGGUUCUUCAGGUGUCUGUGGACAUGGCUCAGCUCAGCAGGUUGUUGCUGCUGGUUUUCACGUCUGUCAUCAACGUGUCCUCAGCUGCUCCUGCAGGUUUUCGUGUCCUCCAUCCUGAUCUUCAGAAGAACAGAACUCCAACGAUGCUCAGAGGUGCUGCAGGAACAUUCCAGAGGGUUCUGCACGGGUCCCGGUCUAGUCCCUGGCCUACAGGCCAGCUCAGAUCCUGGACCCCUGUCCAGAGAGAGAGUCAACUUGGUCUGUACCAUAGUCCUCAGAUCCAGUCCAGACAACCUCGGCUCCAACAGAGAACCUUUGGAUUCAGGGUUCCUUUAAUCAGGUUGGGUCUGGACCAGAAGAAAAAUGGUGGAAGGAUUCAACCGAGCAGAACCAACAGAAUCGGCCCCUCGUGGUCUCAGGGUUUGAACAUUGGUGGAGCAGGGAAACCAAAGCCACCAAACCUCCAGGUGAACAUCUUCAUACCAGUUCAGGCUGUGACCAUCUACAGCAGGAAGGACCCUCGCAAACACCAGGGAACACUGACACCUGCUGGGAAGAUUCAGACUAACUGGCAGCCAGGUCCAGAGUCUGACCCCACCCGAAGUGAACGUUUGUGGACACCUGGUGAUGUAGUACAACAAUCCCAACACCAGGGUCAUCGACCCACUCAACCACGAUACCCUGAAAACAAACCACCCACAUCACUAGGACUCCAGGACCAGCCUGCACCUUCACCCCGACCCGGGACAGUGGAAGAACCAAGACAGUUUGUACCAUCGUUCCCAAACCCUUCCCUUCUGAACCGGUACAUUUCUAAACCUGCUGUUAGCCAACACCAUGGAGAACUUCAUACGGUUCCACAAUACCCACCACAGGUCCACCAUCCUCAGCCCCUAGAACAGGACCAUCGUGUUCACACUAACACUGGGGUCCGACCCAGUGGGCCACGACCCUGGCAGCCAGUUACUCUUGACCUCCACUCUCUGCCUGGACUGACAGAUUUCAGUCCAAAAGUCCAGAACCAAGACUCUGUGCCUGCUCCAAAACCAGUAGAACCUGAGCCUGCUCCCCCACGGUACCAACAUCCAGGAUUUAUCAGUAGGCCCUCUUCUUUAGGUCCACACCAGCUGGACUCUGGUCGGACUGGACAUGGUGAUCUGUCCAGUUCGGACAGUCCUGGAACUUUGAACCCAAACCCUGAACACCAAACCCCACCCAGGCUCCAUGGACUCGGCAGGAGACCCACUUACACAAAGCUCGUACUUGAUGUGGACCACGGAGUGGACCGUGUUCUUGGCCCGGAUGACGUUCCACAUGAAAGAUCUUCCACUGUUAAUGACCCACUGGUUCAUGGAUCCUUUCCCAGAAGUUCUGGUUCUCAGUACAGACGGCCUGAAGGCGGAACUGAGCACUCCUAGUUCCCACUAAGACCACGCCUUCAACACCGGCACAGUCUGACCCUGGUCCACCGUCCUGGUCCACCGUCCUGGUCCACCGUCCUGGUCCACCGUCCUGGUCCACCGUCCUGGUCCAUCCUAACACAGUCUGCCUUCUCCACCUGAGUCGAUGUUAAAACGAGAUGAGGUGGGAAACCAGAACCAUGUGAUCCUGGGAAUCAGACGGAUUAUAAAAUAAAAAUUCACAAGAAAAUCUGUUCUGUUCUAAUGGUUCUCCAUGUUCUCCAUGUCCCACAUGUUCU